AUGGAAAGUCUCGAUGGCUCUAAGCGGCAAGGCCACAUCAAGAUCACAGAUGCUGGAAACAGUACAUCUCCCUCAGAGAAAGCCAGCGAGCCACUACCAACACCUCCCGGCCUGAAGAGCUAUCUACUCAAUGCAGUCGAGAGAUACUGGUUGUUCGAAUUCUUCGGCUGGGCGUUGGCGUGUGGCUGCCUGGUUGGCACCAUUGCGCUCCUUGCCGUACACAACGGGAGAGAAGCGCCGACUUGGACGUUGACCGUGGGGAGCAGCCAGUAUCGCAAGACGUUCGGACUGACCAUCAACACGAUCAUCUCUGUCUUUGCGACCGCGUUCAACUCAGGGCUUUUGAUCCCUGUAGCCGCCAGCAUCAGCCAGUUGAAAUGGAUCUGGUUCCAGAAGGGGAGGCGGCCUCUGGCGCAUUUUCAAAAGUUCGAGUCAGCGGCUCGGGGCCCCUUGGGGUCUCUUAUACUCUUGUGGACUCUGCGUUGUCGACGUCUCGCGUGUCUAGGAGCUAUCAUCGUGAUCGCCGCACUGGGCACUGGGUUCUCCUUCCAAGCUCUGGUGGUCUACCCGCUGCAGCCGGUUCAGGUGGACGUUGCGAGGAUCCAGAGGACGAACCUCAACUGGGGCAGCAACUCUCUGACCACUAGUCUUUCCAACGACAUGGUCGGAGCGAUAUAUUCGGGAAUCUACCAGUACACGGACGUGUCGCAGAUGAAGAACGUAUCCUGCUCGACGGGGAACUGCACCUGGCUGGAAACGUACACGUCGAUGGCCGUGUGUAGCGAGUGCCACGACGUCACGGCCUCGCUGAAGAAGACCUGUGGCACGGCCCAGGUGUCAUCACAGGCCGAUGGGGUUCAGUCGGUCGUCAACAUGUCGCUGCCCUACUGCAACUACUCGCUCCCCAACGGGCUCAAGGCGUCCGGAGUUCCGUCAGUCAACUACUCUUCGCUCGAGAUCUCGAGCAGCACGGCCGAUUCAGUGCAUUUCGACGCAGACUCGGCGCUCUCGGUCCUCUCGACCAUCUGGACACAAUGGGGCUCCGGCGUGGCUGACUGGGGGAAUCUAGGGAGCUUGACGCCGGCAAGCGACAUCAUGGGCAUCGCAAGCACCCAAGCCAUCGAGUGCGCCAUCUACUACUGCGUGCAGAAAUUUAACGCCUCGGUGUCCAGGGGCAAACUCAGCGAAAGGGUCAUCGACACCUACGCAAAAGGCCGUUUCACCUCCCCGGACGUCUACGUGCUCGAACCACCGGCGUCCUUUACGAACCACUCGAACAAAGGCUACGCUAACGUCUAUCAGAGCAACCAGCUGGGGGCAAUCCGGGAUUUUUUCUCCACGCAGUGGGCCGGCCAGGUGCUGGAGUUCGGGACGCCGCCGACGAAUACACCCACAACGCCGAUCGCGCAGUUCCUCUGGGGGAUAUUCUUCGAGCAAUCCCCUUUUGCGCAGUUCCUGCAGAUGUUUUCGAGCCUGGCCAAGUCCAUGAGCGACAACAUCCGGUCGUAUUCGAUCGGGUCGGACGCGGUCCCCACGGCGGACGGCGCCACUUACCAGGACAAGCCGCAUGUUAAGGUGCGCUGGGGCUGGCUGGCUCUGCCUGCGGCGCUGCUGGGCCUCGCGCUGACGCUGCUGGUCGGCACGAUCGCGGCGACCGCGCACGAGAAGACACUGCUGUGGAAGGGGUCCGGCCUGGCGGCCUUCUCGCACCCUCUGACCAGCGACGCGCGCGCUGUCGUCAGCGACGUUAGGAGUCCCCGGGAGGUGCUGAUGAUUGCGGAGCAGAUGGACGUGAAGUGGGAGAAGACGGACCGCGGAUUCAGACUCGUCAGAUAG